AUGAAGCUCGCCUGCCUCGUCUCCCUCCCCGCGGCUCUCGCCGCCCCCAUCAGUCUCUCCCCCCACGAGACCUCGACGCAGAUCACGGACCGCUACCUGUUCUUCACGACGCUGCCCAGCUUCCUCGAGUUUCGCGCGCAGUCGAACCCCCAGACGCUCGACUGGUCCUCGGACGGCUGCACCUCGUCGCCCGACAACCCCUUCGGCUUCCCCUUCGAGCCCGCCUGCCAGCGCCACGACUUUGGCUACCGCAACUACAAGGCCCAGUACCGCUUCGACCGUGACGGUCGCUAUCGCGUCGACCUCAACUUUGAGAAGGACAUGGUCUAUCAAUGCGACAGUGACAAUACCGUCUCGGCAAAGAAGUCGUGCCGCGCGCUCGCGCAGGUCUACUACUAUGCCGUGCGCGCAUUCGGUGGCUUCACCAAGCGCGACGAGACUGCUGCCGAGGACCUUGAUGCCACUGUCCUGGCAGACAAGGAGGCAUCCAUGGCCAUGUAUCUCACCGCUGUUGAAGAGUACGAGAAGACCGUUAAGCAAGACCAGGCCGACGGCAUUCUCCCCGUGCUGUAG